AUGGUGAAGUCAGAGAAGAAAGCCACGGUAGAGCGGAAGAAGAGGAAAGCAUCGCGACCCGCCGCUAAUAUCUCAAAUUUACGCGCCAGUGUCGAGAAGAAGAAAGGUUUCGCGGAGCUGCGCGACGAUCUAUUCCGCGAAGCAGCGAAACUCGUCGCGGAAGAUCCCUCCCAGAGAAUCGCGAUCCUCAUCAAACCUCCCGCCUCCGAAUCGAGCGUCGCUAUGCAAUCGUUCGGGUAUCCGUCUGCGGAAGGAGUGGUUCGACAGUUCCUCAAGGAUUCUGCUCCUCAUGUUCCUUUACCAGAGGACGACGCUGAGAAGGACGAAGGAGAGGACGAGGAUUGGUCUAAGUAUUACUGGUGGGAAGAUGACAAGCUGCUUAAUUCGAAGGAUCCGGUGGAGAUUAUGGCGGCGAUGGAGGAGAUGAAGAAACUUCAAAAGCAACUCGAGCAUUUUGUUCCACGUGAAACAGGUCAAGGCUCUGGGACUCAGGACGAUGGAUCAAAACCCUAA